UUUACAGUAACCAAAAGUAUAAACAAAUUCAUUUUUUGUUUAAAAAAUAGGUAAAUUUUAAAAAUACUACAUCUAAAUAAAUGGAUAAAAGAAACACAAACAAUCCAUUUCGACGAGGAAAUGAUGGCAAUCAACAGCAAGCCAAAACCAAAAAAGAAUCCGAAUGGGGUAAAGUAAAAUUUAAUCCAAUUGCUAGAAAUGUUAUUACAGAACAAUCAACACCUUGGUCACAAAUGAAGAAUGAUCUAAUUAGGCAACAACAAGAUUCCGAACACGAAUCAAAGAUGACUCAAAAUUCAAAUGCUGCUGAAAUCCUUAAAAAACGAGAGGAAACUUAUCGAAGAAAUCUAAUUACAAGUAAAAGAAAUCAACCAACGCAAUGGGAAGAAUUCGACGACGACGACGAACUUGCACCAAGUUCUUCCAAGAAAACAAAAAAACAUAAACAAAAAGAACAGAUUGGAACUUUUGAUAAAAUAAAAAGUAAUAUUAAAGAUAUUAGGUCAAUGAAAAAGGAAGAUUUCGAUUCAAAAUUGUUGACAAAAGAUCAAAAUAAUUUUCUUAAGAAAUUUAUAACAAAAAAUGCUUGUACCGUAAAAGGAAAUGCUUCUCUGGAAGCGAUUGUGGAAGAUAUGAAACUAAAUGGAGUUAUUAAAACAGAAAGAGUAGAAAUUCCUAGGAAUAGUAACAAGAAUAAGAGGUUUAAGAAAAAAGGAAAGAAAAAUAAAUCGAUCAUUUAAAGAGAAAUUCUUCUAAUGCAUCUGGACUACGUUGUUUUUCAUAGAGUUGAUAGUUACUCUGAAAUUGUCAAACUUCUCUUAUUUGCUUUUUGUCUAGAAUCUUGGUUCAAAAUCUGAUGAACAAUUUUGUUACAAAGCAAAGACUACCUACAUACUAAAUUUAGUAAAAACAAAAUCAAUAAAUAG